AUGACUACCAAUAAACCCACUGUCCGGUUUACAAUCCCAACGGUCGAUAUAUCCCCAUUCCUUAAAGAUCCGACCUCAGCAGCAUCUACUGAAGUCGUUGAGAAUGUGCGGCAGGCCUGUGUCACAAGCGGCUUCUUCCAGAUCGUUAACCAUGGCGUCCCCAAAGAGCUAAGAGACGACGUCUUAAAGGCUGCAGAGACUUUUUUCGCCCUGCCGCUAGAAGAGAAGAAAAAGAUACGGCCUCCAGUUCUGAAAAAUAGGGGUUAUGAAUUAAUGGGUGCCCAGGCCUUACAAGAAGACACUCUUCCCGAUCUUAAAGAGGGUUUCUUCGUCGGGCAACAUAUAGCUAGCGAUGAUCCGCGGUCACAAGCACAUCCAUACUUAAUUGGCCCAAACAUCUUCCCAGAAGGACUCCCUGAUGAGGCAUUGAAAAUACCUACGGAAACCUACUACUCCGCUAUUUUCGAACUGUCAUGUAAGGUUAUAGAAAUUCUCGCUCGGGGUCUACCCUAUGGUGAUGACGUCUUUGUACCGUUCAUCUCGAACGAUCCAGUUUGCGCCCUCCGGCUAUUACACUACCCACCGCAGAAUUCAAAGGAUGAGCGUCAGCUCGGAGCUGGUGCGCAUACGGACUUUGGUGCAAUUACACUCUUGUUACAAGAUGGGUCCGGUGGCCUCGAGGUCCUGAAUCAUUCUACCAAUACGUGGAUUGGCGUGGACCCCAACCCGGAUGCUUAUGUGGUCAACAUCGGCGACAUGCUAUCGCUAUGGACUAAGAACGUGUAUAAGAGCACUGUACAUCGUGUUGUUAAUCGUAGCGGUAAGGACCGGUAUUCUGUACCGUUCUUCUUUGACGGCAAUACCGAUGUCGAGCUAACCCCCUUCGAUGGGAGCGAGCCUACUACUGUUGGUGCUGAUGGUAAAGCCCUGACGGCUGAGGAGCAUAUGCUUGAAAGGUAUGGAACUACAUAUGGACGAGUAGCAAAGGGAGCUACGGUUGUUGUUUAG